CAAUAAUAAACCAGAAGGAGAAGAAGAAGAAAGUGCCAUGGCGAUGGUGGUUUCCCAGUUAAGCUAAGAGAGAUAGAAAUCGACAUAGACAAAGAAUCAGAAGAAGGAUCACACCAGUCCAACACGACACACACUCUCUGAUUCACUUAGUUUCAUUCAAAAUUUCAAAGAGACAACAACAGUCCACUUUGUUCUGUAAGGACAGGGAGACAUGCAAAACUAAUCGUCGUUUCAUCCAACUACUCAAAAGGUUGUCUCUCUUGUUCGAAACGCUUUUGGUGCUUUAAUCUCUGUCAAAGUUUUCUCCUUUUCGUUGUAUCUGUCUUGUGGCGUGUGCGAUUGUUAUGUUUAACCGAUUUGGUAACCAAAAGUUUCUAUCUGCAAGUCAACGCCUUUUUGCCUAAAGUGAUGACAGGACACAAAUCUUGGUCGGAAGAUUUCUAAUUUGAGCCAAUCGUCACUGAUCUCUGCAUCCUUUAGCUUACCCAAUAUAGUACCAUCGAAUCAGAAUUCGUUUAGACAAGACCAAUUUAGAAACUUCCAGUCCCUCUUUUAUUUCUAUUUCUAGGUUUUCACCCGUUCUUCUUGAUUUGAGCCCUUUAAAUGUUUUGUGUAAUUAUCCUCUUCUUUAUAUAAUUUAUGAAUCAUGGUUGAACUGUGUAGGUACUCUUCUUGUGAGGACAGCUUGUUGGGCGUUAUGCAUCAGAUGAAUAAGAAAGAUUCCACUUUGCCAUACCUGAACACUAGCAUCUCAUGGGGUGGUGUGGAUGCAAGACCUGAACAUAUGCAAACCACUAAGCAAAUCAGUUUUCAGGAUCUGGAUUCACCUUCAUCUCAGUCCACUUGUCAAUCUUACACUGAAGUUGCAAGCAGUGGGGAUGAUAAUCCUUCCAUACAAAUCUCGUUUUCAACAAAGUCAGGAUCUGAAGAAACUCAGCAGAAAGGAUUUGCAACUCAUCCUAACUCAGCCUCAAUGACAGGAGUCCCAAGUAUUCACUUUGCUCCUACGCAGGCUAACUUCUCUUUUCACUAUGCUGAUCCACAGAUUGGUGGUUUAUUGGCUCCAACAUAUCUACCACAUGCACCGACAUGCCAUCCCCAAAUGGUGGGUAUGGUUCCUGGUCGAGUUCCACUACCAGUGGAGAUCACAGAAACUGAGCCAGUUUUUGUCAAUGCGAAGCAAUACCACGCAAUCAUGAGGAGAAGAGAGCAACGUGCCAAGCUUGAGGCUCAAAACAAACUAAUCAAAGCCAGGAAGCCUUAUCUUCAUGAAUCACGACAUGUUCAUGCUCUCAAAAGGCCAAGAGGAUCCGGUGGAAGAUUCCUAAACACCAAACAACUUCUCCAAGAAUCCGAACAAGCUGCUGCUAAAGAACAAGAACGUGACAAGCUGGUCCAACAGGGAAGCAAAAAGGCAAACAUGUCUAGAUUGGACGCUCAUAUGCUGCAGCACAACAAAGACCGUGGCUCAACCACUUCUGGCUCAGACAUCACAUCUGUUUCCGACGGUGCUGAUAUCUUCGGACACGCCGAGUUUCAGUUGUCAGGUUUUCCAACAACUCAGACUAACCGAGCUAUGCUUGUUCAUGGACAAUCCAAUGACAUGCAUGGAGGUGGGGACUUGCACCAUUUCUCUAUCCAUAUCUGAGACAUUGGAUCUUUGGUGCUGUUUCAAUGUUUCCCACCAAAAGGGGAAGUCAUCCUUGGCUACUACUACUAGUUCUUUUGCUUGUUGUUACUUGUUAUUGUUUUCAUGUAUGUGUUAUACAUCACACGAACAACCAAAAUCUUUACUUUGGAACCGACUCUUUCCUUAUAAACUUGCAAUUCCUCUGUGUGUUUUUCAUGUUUUACUCUUUAUGUGUGUGUCUAUAAAUGAUCAAGUCUCCAGAUUCUGUAUCAAAUGAUAAAUAAAUAAAACAGAUUUUGCUUCC